UGGCCAUAUCACCGGCAUCAUCGACUGGGAAGCUGCUGGAUGGUACCCCCAAUAUUGGGAGUUCACGACCAUGCUGAAGGGGUUACAGUUGACCAGGGGCCCGGAGGGCGAACUCGUCGGGAAGACGGCUUGGCAGCGGCUCGUAUUAUCCCUUCCGAGCUUUCACUACGCCAAUGAAUAUGAUUUGGAAUGGUCGUUGUGGUGGUUCACGAUGGCUAACUGGCCGUCGUGGUAAGCGCCUGCGGAGUCGAUGCAGAGUACUAUAUCUACCGACGCGCGACUCGCAAGCCAGCUUACCCUCUCGUCGAAGUUGGUGCCCUAUAUGUGGCAGGAACCUGCCGAACUCUACUCCCCAGCGAC